CGCCUCGCCUCGCUGAAAAGGGACAGAGAGGAGAGAAAUGCAAAGCGGUGUAAGAUGGCAGAGCUACAAAUGCUAUUAGAGGAGGAAAUCCCUGCCGGCAAAAGAGCUCUUGUGGAAAGCUACCAGAACCUGUCCCGUGUUGCGGAAUACUGUGAAAACAAUUAUGUUCAGGCUCAAGACAAGAAGAAGGCCCUGGAGGAGACCAAGGCAUACACCACCCAGUCUCUGGCCAGUGUGGCCUACCAGAUCAAUGCCUUAGCUAAUAAUGUGCUGCAGCUGCUGGACAUCCAAGCCUCGCAACUACGACGCAUGGAGUCGUCCAUCAACCACAUCUCCCAGACAGUGGAUAUUCAUAAAGAGAAGGUGGCACGUCGGGAAAUCGGCAUCCUGACCACAAACAAGAACACCGCUCGCACCCACAAGAUCAUCGCCCCGGGCAACAUGGAGCGUCCGGUGCGCUACAUUCGAAAGCCCAUCGACUACACACUGCUGGAUGAUGUGGGACACGGCGUCAAAUGGCUUAAGGCCAAGCAACAUGGGAACAAUGCAGCAGGACGAGGAGGGACGAUUUCCAGGACCAACCCACCCACGCAGAAACCCCCAAGCCCCCCCAUGGCUGGUCGUGGUACUCUGGGGCGUAACACUCCCUACAAGACCCUGGAGCCAGUGAAGCCUCCAGUGGUGCCUAACGACUACAUGACGAGCCCGGCCCGACUGGGCAGCCAGCACAGCCCUGCACGCACAGCCUCACUCAACCAGAGGCCCAGGACACACAGUGGCAGCAGUGGCGGGAGUGGCGGCAGGGAGAACAGUGGAAGCAGUGGAGUUGGUAUCCCUCUAGCAGUUCCCACCCCCUCCCCUCCCAGUAUGGGGCAAGUGGCGACUUCCUCGGCCUCAGUGCCCCAGGGCCCCGGCUUGGGUCCCAUUCCCAUGUCCCAGUUCGGCACCAUCUCCCGCCAGAUCUCCCGUCACAACUCCAACACCACCUCCUCAGCCUCCAUGGUGUCGGCCACUGGUACUUACCGCCGCGCACCCUCCGUCUCCUCACAGCAGCCCCACAUCAACGGGGGCCCUGCCUACCCACAGAACUCAGUGUCUGUGGCUCCUCCGCCUCCUCCUCCAAUGGUCCAGCUGACCCCACAGAUCCCUCUGACUGGCUUUGUGGCCAGAAUGCAGGAGAGCAUAACAGACAGCCCCGCCCCGCCUCCUCCGCCUCCCCCAGAGGAUAUUGGCGUGUUUGAGGAGCCCUCUCCCCCGCCUCCACCCCCACCUGUGGACUAUGAGGAAGAGGAGGCCGCGGUGGUUCAUUACAGUGACCCCUACUCUGACGGAGACCCCCACUGGGCUCCCAAGGCUUAUUUAGAGAAAGUUGUGGCCAUCUACGACUACUCCAAGGACAAGGAGGAUGAGCUGUCCUUCAUGGAGGGUGCCAUCAUCUACAUAAUCAAGAAAAACGAUGACGGCUGGUUUGAAGGUGUCUGUAACGGCGUCACCGGACUCUUCCCAGGAAACUACGUCGAGUCGAUCAUGCACUAUGCUGACUAAAAAAAUUAAAAAAAAAAAACAACACCCAAAAUGGCACUGCAGUUUUGAACAGAGGUAAAACCGUGAAGAUGUACAGAUGUAUGCAGUCUAGCGAUUGCAGCUCCCAUUUGAAUGAAUUGAAGUACCAUGGUGAAUUUACAAAUGGUUUUCUUUUUGGAGGGGGGCUUGCACGGUUUUGUGUGUCGCACAAAGAUGGAGGAUGCUGAAGCUUUGGAAGACCUGGGUCUGUUAGUUUACACUGUGGACAAAAGGGAGGAGAUAAAAGACCUUUUUGCUACCACUAUUACAUCUGUGGUGGUCGGUAGCACUUUUCAAACUCACAUUUUGCCUCACAAGAAAUUACAUACAAUCAGAAUAGUUUAAAGAAUGCCAAGUAGAUCUAGAUGUAGUGUUAAUGUGUGUAUGUGCAACCAACAUGUCUAGUAUUAACAGGAUGCAGAAGAUCCAGAAAGUAUUACUACGAUUUCAUGAAUAGAUGAGGCAGAGUAGCGUUCUUAUGAUAAAAUGCUGCACAGACACUCCUAACCCUUUAUUUGCACUGUAGACCAGCAGGCCAACCCUUUUCCUCCUCAAAUUCAUCUUACCUUAUCAUAAAAAACCCGAAAAGGACAAAUAAACAUCAGCAAGUGCAUUAGGACACGACUGAAUGUUCAAUCGCCGUCGAUGUCCAAAUCCACAAGAUGUUUUUAGAGGGAACAAAAGCAACCUCGAGCUGUGUAUUUACUAUGCUCUGUGUUGGUGGGGACGCUGUAAAAAAAAAAAAAAAGGGUGAUCUGAGUGUAUAGGAUACAUUAACAAAAAAAAGACAACAGUUUCUUCUUUCUGGUGGAGUUUCAUUCUGUUCUCUAACUUGUAUAUAAACUGUAACGUGAGAAGCUGCCAGUACAGUACAUUUGUCAGUUAUUGUGUUUCACCUGUGAGUUUCCAUCAGCGUCAGUCGAAGUGAUGCUAAGAUUGGAUGUUGUUUUUAAAUUUGUUUAUUUUUACUUGAAUAUUAAUUUUUAUUCAUCAUUCACAGUGCCAUUUUAACUUGCUCUAAGGCAAAAUGGCCAUGUAUAAACAUUUAUUUUUCUAUGUUCAGUCACAAUUUCAUCAUUUUGGUCCUUGUCACUGUGUUUGGUGAUGCUGUCCAGCUACUGUAGCAGAGCUUUGAGAUGUUUCUUUGCUUCGAAAUGUGGAAGCAGAGGAAGGACUAACCUGUAUGUUUCCAUGUUGUUUUCCAUUGUGUUGGAAUAGCUGCACUGAUAAGUUAUCAACAACUGUGAUGACUUCAUGAUUAUCAUCAUUGCUUUGAUUUUAACACAAGACCAGAAAUAUCAACUAACCUUUACACUUGUCGUCUCUUCUUUCAGUGGUUGCUGGUGUGGUGCUUUACAUUGGUGCUCAAUAACCAUAAUCACCAACCCAAAUAACCUCAAAACAAGACUGCUCUAUAUACUGUAGAAAUGUAACAAGGGAUUUUAGACUAAUUACUUUGUUCUAGAGGUUGAACAUCAUCAUAUUUGAUUGUAGUCGUCUUUAGUUACCUGUGCAUUUUAGUGAAUGUAAGCAUCCCAGCAGUAAUGUACUAAAGCUUGAUUCAGCUACUUACAGUAUGUUUUUGUCCAUCUACCCACAAAUACUGAUAAAACACAGACAAGUCUGUGCUACAUAUGAAUGACACCUGCUAACUCCAGUGAAGGAAUGAAUCUUAAGAGUGCUGAAAUGAAGACUUAUGUUCUAAUUUCUACUACUUUUGCAAAAUAAGAUGCCUGCUCUUACAAAAUGAUUGUUGGUGCAAGUAAAAACCCACUGUCAAAUAUCAUUGAAGCUCAUGUUUAUCUCAGAAUCUAUGUUUGUAACAAGCCACAUAAACAAACAUAUACAUAUGUACUUUCGGAAUGAACAUGCACUCUUAUUUUGGAAUGGUUACAGACUUUCUGAUGUUGUGAGAGGAAUAUGAUCCAGAGGUAACAUUUUCAGACUAGAAAAGACAAUGACUCGGUCAAAUGAACAGUGUUCAUUGAGCCUCUGUGCAUGAAAAUAUCUUAACGUCAUUACAGUGAAUGAUUUGCCACUACAUCCCAUUCUUGAUUGUAUUUUUUCCCAUCUUGAGGUAUUUUUUUGUGAAAAAACAACUUUUUCUACCUAAUGUAUUUCUAGCUUUGCAUUCAGCUUGUUGUGGUGUCAGAGACUGCUGAGGAAGGUUCGCAAGCAGUUUGUAUGUAAAGGAUUAAUUUAUACUUUUUUCAUAGAGAAAUCAUGAGACAACCACUGACGUGCAGAACUUUGUAAUGUUUACCACUUAAUGUCUAGCAUUUCAGGGCAUCACAGGUCAAGGCGCCUUUCUUUGAUGUGUGUUUUCUUAAUGAUGAAACGUGUGGGGGGAGGGAAUCAGUAAUUUAAAUGUUCAUGGGAACAGAAUCCAAUAUUUGUCUUCUCUCAGUUUGUACAUAGAAUGUGUUCAUUGAAAUUUAUGUACAGUCUUUUUGUAAUAAACAGCUCGUUGAAA